AUGGCAAUCAAGCUUAGACGUGUUUUCGCUAGUUUAGAGGAGAGGGAUAUCAGUUAUCAGUAUUGUCCUAAGGAGGAGGAUUGGGACAAAGUAGAGAAAGUUUGUGAAAUUUUAAAGGUAUUCAAUGAUGCGACCAAUCUCAUAUCGAGGAGUGAUUAUCCGACAUCAAACUUGUUUCUAAAACAAGUUUGUUCAAUCAAGAUUAUGUUGGAUAAUAAGAGUGAACAUGAAGAUGAAUUUAUAAGGAUCAUGGUUAGGAAAAUGAAGCAAAAGUUUGACAAAUAUUGGGGGGAAUGUAAUUUGCUGAUGGUUGUGCUUGCUGUAUUGAACCCUAGACUGAAAAUGAGGGUGAUUCAGUGGGCGUUCCCUAAGAUAUAUCCUGAGGCUGAAGCGCCGGCAAAUAUUGUUAGUGUUCGGGAUGCCUUGUAUGAGGUCUAUGAAGAGUAUGUCGAUGCUAGUAAAGCAUUGACUACUGCCCGCGCUUCUACGUCAGUAGGGGACAGACUUCAGUUGUUGUUUGCUAUUCCGGUAUUUACAAUUGCUUCUGAGUUAGAGAUUUACCUCGAGGAGAAAUGUCUACCCGUGAAGUCUAAGUUGAACAUACUAGAUUGGUGGAAAGUAAAUGCUACAACGUAUAAGGUUCUCUCGUAUAUGGCAAGAGAUGUGUUUGAUAUUCCGGUAUCUACAGUUGCUUCUGAGUUAGCUUUCAGUACAUCGGGUCGUGUACUUGAUCACUUUCGGAGUUCUUUAAGUACACCCAUUGUGGAAGCAUUAGUUUGUACACAAGAUUGGUUGAGAUAUGCAUAUACCCCAAUUACUUUUGAGGAUUACUUGAUGGAUGCAGAAAGUUAUGACUCAGAAAUUAAUGCACAUGAGGCAAGCAAUUUAGAGCAUGGAGCAUGA